AAAGAGGAAGACGACGGCGACGCGGCUGAAAAACCUCAGGGUUCCCCGAUCUUCACUGCAGAAUGGACUUGGCCUCCAAAUUUCUUCGCACUUUAACCAAUGCCACCAACAAUAAUACCUUAAUCAACGUCUGUUUGGUCAUUUCCUUUGGCGCAUUGAGCGCAAGAUCAAUCAAGCAGCAGCGGGAAAUCGAAGCCCUGGAGGCUGAGAAAGAUUCACUUCUCAAUUCCAAUAAAGCGCUGAAGAAAACCAUGUGGGAUUGGAAGCAACAGCUAUACUCUGAAGCCUCAACAGACUCCGCUUUGAUCCCUCUCGCCAGGAUCAAAGCUAUCUAUAGCGAAGCUCCGGUAUCCCCGUCCGGAGCAGAACAAGCUGCAACGGGAGAUGCAAAUUCACAAGGCUCCAAACUCAUGGUUUAAUCUUAGUUUAUUAGUUAGUUGACUCUAGUUCAUGAAGUUUUGUUCCCAAGUUCAGGAAAUUAAAACUCCAUAUUGUAUGCUUGAGGCCCAGAAAAAUUAAAACUUCAUUUUCACUUGCCAUUAACCCCUCGAGAAUAAAACAGCUAUUUAGUUUAGUAAGUACUAUUUUGCUUUAUAUA